UUGUUUAUAACGGUCACUGGAACACCACAGAGACAACUCAGAAGACCUGCCUGUGCCUUAUAUCGAGUAGCUAGCAGUUGGACCUCGCCGCGGCCUCAAUGUAUCACACCAGUUCAGAGCGGCAGAGCGUCCUCUCAACACGAGCUGUACUCGAGAACUAACAAAUCACUGGCAGACAUGAGGCACGGAGCGGCGGCUGUUCCGCGGCGGAGCUCUAUAUACACGGACACACGGCACACACUCACUUGGACGAGAGGAGAUACGGGGGACGGACCGGGGGACCACACGCGGGCUGCUGCGACACGGAACAGGGAGAGCGGCCGAGAUGAACAGAGGCGAUUGGAGGACGAGGAGCGAGGAGGGCGGGGGGCGGCCGCGCAGGGGGCGGGGCGAGCGUGCGGCGCGGCGGGACGGAGGGAGGGUGGUGCGCGUGCGCACAUGGCGGAGAGUCGUGCGCGGAGUCGGACGCGGCGCGCGGAGGACAUGCGACAUGCUGCUGACCGGCAUGGACGGGAAGGAGUACGGCGACACGCCCGGGCCCGCGGGGACGGCCGGCUACGGCGGGCCGCACGGUACGUACACACACACACACACACACAUACAGACAGACAGGAGGACACUCCUGGUGGACACACAGUGUUCAGUCCAAAUCAUCUCCCGGAUGUUGUUCAUGGUGUAUUUCCCGCACGUCUCGGGGUCCCUGAUCCCCCGUCGCUCGUGUCAGGUGUACACACAUCGUGUCAGCGGGUCACACUCCAACACCUCCCGUCAUCAUCCGUACCGUGUUCCUCUCUCCCCCCCGUGUCUCUCUCUAUCCCCCUGAUCGUGGUGACUGUUAGUUUCGUCCCUCAUCAUGUUCGUCAUCCUCUAGAUCGGUCGCGUGUGAUCCAUGUGUAUAAUAUUCGUCCUCCACCUCCUCUAGUGAUGUUUAUAUUCUUCUUAUCCUCUCGUACCUCAGUAUGUAUCCCGUGUAUUCUCGGCGAGGACCUGUCCGUGUGUCCAGGUCCCGUGUCUGCUCCCCGCUGUAUAACAAGACAGGUUCCUGUUCUUCUAUGUCAGGAGUCCUCGUGUGAUCUCAAUAGACAGUUCCAAUGUAAACCUUCUUCAAUACAUCGUAUAUCGUCAGUGAGUCCUUCACAUAUUGUAACAGAUGCUACAGGUAGCCACUAUCACACUAUCACUAUGUGUUUCUUCAGAAAGUUCUCGUACUACCAGUCAGUCCCGUCGGAGGGAGCGUCCACCGUAUGUUGA